AUGCUGGAUACAUCCUUCGUCAUCUGGAUGCGCACAGGCUUGCCGUGCGGAGUCCCGGAGGUCCUGUUUGCGGUGGCAACCAAGUGGAAGACCGAUCGGGAGACCACUUCUCCCGCAUCCCCGCUGCGGCUCACCCUGUGGAUGUGCAUUUGGCGCGAAUUUCUGCAGCGACUGCAACCGGCUCGCAUGACACAGGAGAUCCAAACUCAAACCAACAUGAAGAAGCUUGGCUUUCUCACCGACGAGGGCAAGUGGAACUUCCUUCGGUGGGACCCGGAUCAGGCCAAGUUGGUUCCGGACACCACCCGCCCACCUUUGACGGCGACGGCGGCGAUCGAGCUGGUGGAGACCGUGAUCCGUCUGGCGACGGACUCCCAGCUGCUGACCUGGUUCGCCUCCACCAGGCCUCUGGCAUCGGAACUCAAGGGCCCAUCGAUGGCGUCGGUGUCCAAUCGCUCCACACCGAGCGAUCAAAUGCACGCCUCCCUCGCGGAGCUCUGCGGCAGCGCCUGCUGUCAGGUGAUCGGCAUGUCCAUCAAAUCCGAACGAUUGACGAGGUCCCCUCUUGCCCAGCAGAUCUACAAGUACCUGCCUGCGCCGCUUGCACACAAGGACGGCAACCUUUUGGCCUGUGGAGCCUGCUUGGUUGGCAACAGACUGUGGCAAGCCCGCGAUUCCCAUGAUCAGAUGCGGGAUUCGGAAGACACCUGUCCAUUUCUUUUGACCGCUCCAGCGCAUGCUCUGCUGCAGACGCCAGAAUGCCUGAUCCUUCAGCUUGCCCGGUUUGAUGUUGACGAUGCUAAUGCCCAGAAGGUUUUAGUUCGCAAAGGACUUUUCGAAGCCCAGAGUUGGAAAGUGAAAAGCUUCAUCCAAGACCAGCUCCAGCAGAAGCAGAUUUUUAUCUUUGGCGUGCGUGGUGAAGCCAAUGUUGCAGAUUUGUUCACCAAAACUUUGAGUUGGAUUGUUACCUUGAAACACAUGUGGGGACUUGGCUUGCGUGACGUUGCCAGUGUUGCUUGUGUGCUUGAUGGCUUUGUUGCGUUGUGCGGUGCAAUGCUUGUUGGCAAGAGCCAUGUUAGCUUGCGUGACCGUUCUGCCGCCAUGCCGCAUGCCUCUUGGUUGGUGAUAGAGUUCUGUGCCCCCGUUGAGUCGUCGAUGAGAGCGGCUAGUCAAGACCUUGACUGGGUGAAUGUGCUUUCCGUGAGUGAGCGUGAUGAUGGUGCCAGUGCACAGACCUUGCUUGAGCUCAAAGCCAUCUUUGCUGCACAAAUCAAGAAGAAGGGUUUUGUCUUCUUGUGGGCCAGUACCCCGUGUACCGGAGGAUGCCCAUAUCAGAGGCUGCGUGCCCGUGAUCCAGCCUAUCGCCGUGGGCGAUUGGCGCAGCACUGGAGGCUUCACCGAAAGCUCUGGAAAAGCUUGGUCGAGCUUACUAGCUUCGUGCACGCUUGGGCCAUUGAGUGGCCACGUGCUUGUGCUUACUGGUCUUGGCGCCAGACUGAGCACUUUCUUUCUUCACGCCCCUACGUCUUGCACGACGUUCCAGUAGACGGUUGUGCGCUUGACAUGCGAGGCCGCGAUCAUCUUCUUAUUGCCAAGCGGUGGCGUGUUGUUACCACACACCCAGCAGUUGCUGAGAGCAUCCGUGUCUAUCGUUGCUCUGGGAAGCAUGAGCACUCGAAGGACUUCGACCUCAAAAGUACACAGCACUACCCGGUAGAGAUUGUAAAGUCCUUCUUUGAAGCGUUGCGCCCUUGA